AUGUUGUGGUUACUUAUAAUUUUUGCAUUAUGCUGUGUCUAUAUAUAUUUGUCUAUCAAAAUGUACCCUGGGGAUAUGCCAGUAUAUCCCGGCCGGGUACCAAUUUUGGGCAACAUCUCUUUGCUCUUGGGAGAUUCAAUUGAUUCAUGGCAUUACAUAAAGAAAUUGACUGAAUACACAUACAAUAAUGGACAUGUUUCCGUUGUUUACGCAGGAAUUAUGCCAAUUUAUCUUAUUACGGAUCCGGAUGAUUGCUACAAGGUGCUGACGACGUGCUUAGAAAGGCCUGGCUUUGCGAAUAAGUUUCUAAAACAAUUCCUUGGGAAUGGUCUACUGACUGGACCAGAGGCUAUUUGGAAGCAACACCGUAAGUUAAUAAACCCAGCCUUCAAUCAACAAGUAGUGGACAGCUUUAUGGGAAUUUUUAAUACUCAGAGUCGACGUUUGGUUGAAACAUUGAAAAACCAUGUGGGCAAGGGACAAUUCGACCAUCAUGACUAUUUGGAGAAAACCGCCUUGGAGACUAUUUCUUUAACAAUGGCGGGAGUAGACAUUAGCAAUCAGAAAGAGUUCAACUACAAAUGUCUUAUGGCAUUCCGUGCUGUCGUCGACGGCGUCAUAGCGAGAGCCAAAAACCCUCUCUACUACUUCGAUAAUAUCUACAGAACGUCAGAAUUGAAAAAAAUAGAAGAUGCUCAUGUCAAAAUAACUCAUGAGUUAACAGAACAGGUCCUGAAAAAAAAGCGUGAGGUUUACGCAACCGAAGAUAAAGAUAAAGAAAGUUCAGAAAAAAAAUUCAAGCCAUUCCUACAUCGCUUGCUGGAUUUUAGUAAUACCCUAUUAAGCGACAAUGACAUUAAAGACGAAAUGAAUAAUAUUAUGUACGCGGGUUCUCAAUCCAGCUCGGCAGUUCUUGCUUAUACAUUGUUAAUUCUAGGUACAUACCCCCGCAUACUAGAGAAAUGUCAACAAGAAAUUCGUGAGAUAUUCGGCGAAUCCGAUAGAGAUGUGGAGAAAGCAGACUUGACCAAUUUGAAGUAUAUAGAUGCAGUUCUAAAAGAGACGAUUCGACAGUGUCCGGUAGCACCAUUCACUGGCCGUUUAAUUACUGAAGACAUUCAACUUAAAAACACAGUCCUUCGUAAAGGGUAUCCAUGCGCUAUUCUAUUAUACGGCAUACUUAAUAAUCCAGCUCUAUGGGGUAAAGAUGCUAGUGAAUUUAUACCAGAAAGGUGGUUGGAAGGGAGACUUCCAGAAAAUUCUAACGCUUUAGGCGCCUUUGGUUUUGGAAGAAGAAAUUGUGUUGGUAAAGUAUAUGCCUUUACUACAAUGAAGGUAGCCCUGGUACAUAUUCUUCGUAGGUAUAAGAUGACAGGAAAUUUUUUCAACAUGAAAUUGAAGAACCAAGUUAUCAAUAAGCCAGCUGGCGGACAUGAAAUUAGCAUCGAAUUCGCCUAA